UUGUACAAUUAACUGUUUCAGGUGCAUUCAUGCUGUAUGCCAUAGCGCUUAAAGCAGAUAGUCGUGGGCGCAAAUCCCAGCCCCUUAGAAAAGAAAGUCUGUGAUAGGUUGAAAGAAUGCGCACCACCGCCCUAGUUCUGAAAAUGCAAGGGCUUUUAAAACGCGGGGGCUGUUGAAUAAUUCCUCUUGGAAUGAGUGCUUGUCCCAGCACACCUCGCUGUCAAACACCUCACAGAUAACAUGGGCCAAUCUUUAGUGUCAUUGAGUAAUAGUCUUCUAAUAUGUAUAUUGUGGUUAUCUGUGGUUGCUGAAAUAGACGUCGAUCCUACAUGGGAAAAUGUUUUUAAAUCCAGAAAUGAUGAAGAUUGGAAAUCAGUGUGGCACACUGAGAGGCACAGAAGGUGCUAUCAUGAUCUACUGGUGCACAUGGACUGGGUUUGUCAGAAAGACAUAUACGCUGUCAAAAGAGAUAAAAGAGACACUGAGCCCUUCAUAGACGAGAUGCAAGCACAUCAAUUCCUGGGGCGCCACCGGAAGCGAUCAGGAGCGCACCACGCCCUUGUGAAGAGGGGCAUCAUCGAUGAAUGCUGCCACGGGAAUGCCGGAUGUUCGUGGGAAGAAUAUGCAGAGUACUGUCCGGCUAACUCCAGACUAAGAGCUUGAUUAAUACAUUUGAACUGUAACAACAUAUGAAUAAAAAUAAACACGGAAAAUAUUUUUUCGUUGAUUUAUUAAGUAUAUAUAACAUGUUGCUUUCUCAAUGAAUAAAGAUGGUUUGUAAAUGUG